CGGGGCUGCCCUCGGCGCCGGCGCCAAGCGGCGGAGGCGGGUUCGGGGACUGUGAGGAGGCCGCGUGGGGCGCCGCCGAGGCGCGUGCGCCAGGCCUCGCGGCGGGAGCGGGCUGAAGGGCCCCGGGAAGCGCGCUGGAGAGCAGGGUUUUGGAAACGGCGGUUCAGUUGAGGUAGCAAAACACAGAAGAACAUCAGGAUGCCUGUAAUUCAGCGUGGGACCGCAUCACUCCGUAAAACAAAGAAAAUCAAUGUAAAAAUAUGUUUAGAUGACCCCUAUGUUAUUCAGUGGAAAACCAUAGAUGGAGAUGAUAUGCAUUUUAUACUACAGACUUUAGAAGAGAGGAUUAAACAUAUUGGACUUAAAAAGAUUGAGACUCCAAGAAAGAAAAGACGUUCCAUUACAAAAAAACAAAUAGAAAGCAAGUGUGAUAUUACCAACAGUGAACUCCCUAAAGAAAAGGAAACAGAAGGCGAUCGACCAGAACCAGGAUGGACUGACUUAAAUAUCAGAAGGCAGCUUGCCCUUGGAAUUAAUGAAGCUACAAAAGCUUUGGAAAGAAAUGAACUUAUUCUCUUGCUGGUGUGCAAGUCUGCAAAACCUGACAUGAUCACAUCACAUCUUAUUCAUCUGAGUGCAAGUCGAGCAACACCAGCAGGCCAGGUUCCCCGUCUCAGUGAAACAAUUGCACCGCUUCUUGGCUUAACCUCUGUUUUAGCACUAGGCUUUAAAAGGCAGUCUGAUAAAUUCACUGAGGUAGUAGAAGCAAUAAUUCCAAAGAUACCUGCUUUGGAAGUGCCAUGGAUUCAUUACAGCACUGAACAAUCUGUGGCAGAUGUACAUUUAGAUUCUUCAGAAAUUCAAGAUCCAGAGCAGCCUGCAGAAGCACUGGGGGAAGAGCUUACAAGCCAGAAGUGGAAGCAUACUGAAAGCAAUCAGCUUGGUUUUUCAAAUGUAGUUUUGCAGCCUUUGAAAAUCAAGAAGCUUGUUCCAAAUCCAAAUAAGAUAAGGAAGCCACCUCGCAAAAAGAAAAAAGUUCUUUCAACAUAAUUGACUUUAGUUCAGCUCUUCCUGUUAAAUUGAUUUUAUUUGUUUACUCAAUAUAAAAUACUUAACUAUGUUAUAAGGCUUUAUAGUGUGAAGCACUUCAGUGUAAGUUGAAGUGAGCUAUGUUCCAUUCAGUUGAGGUUCUUUCUGCUUUUAUAUUAAAGAGUACUGCUGAAA